CUUUAUAUGUGCCUGGUCUUCUCGGGUAGUGCCAGGGAGCCGGUGGGGGUACAGUUUCAGUGAAGAUUGGUCAUAAUGUAAAUAUGAUCCAUUCCCCAUGUAUUAAUCUGAAUCGGACCCGUUGAUUUCAGUGUGUGAUCGGCCGAUGCUUGCAUGUUGGAGCCUUUAUCGACGCGACCUGAUCAGAGUGGCAUCCUGUCACUGUUAUUCCCCGCUUUCCUGAGAAGGUGAAGCCUUGAGAAAAACACCGCUGGCCGCUAUGAGACGAAUAACGGAAAAGGCUCAGGAUGAAACUUUGAUAGAGCUAGAGAACGCGACGGAAUCCCAGACAUCAGAUGGUCCUGCAGUGUUGACCGCAUUCAGGACAAACCUGCACUCAGAUGGAAAUGGUGGAAACGGUGUUGAUUCCCAUAAUGAAAGAGUGACACUACCUGGAUUUACUGAGACCGAAAAGCUACAACCAAACACAGACACUGUGUUCUUCAGGGACGGAGUUCGGAGGAUAGACUUUGUGUUGUCUUAUGUAGAUGACAAAGAUGGAGAAAAGAAACAGGAGAGGAGGAGGGAGUUUGAGGCCAACCUUGAGAAGAUAGGACUGCAGCUGGAGACGGAAGAUAAAGCUGACUCCAAAGACCAAAAGACAUAUUUCUUGAAGAUCCAUGCUCCAUGGGAUGUACUGGCCACCUAUGCCGAUGUCUUAAAGAUCAAAGUUCCGUUCAAGUUGAGUGAUAUCCCCCACAGUCAAGAUGUCCCACUGGAGUGGCUCUCGCAUCCUUUCCGCCUGCCAGAGCACAUCAUGCGUCCACAACCUGACUACUUCACCUACCCCUUCGACAAGGCCAAGACUGACUUCUUCCUCAUCACUGACAAGGAUACUUUCUUCCCGCCUUCCACAAGAAACAGAAUUGUGUACUACAUUCUGGCUCGCUGCCCGUACUAUAAAGAGGGUCGGAAAGAAAGAGAGAAGACGGGAAUCAAGCGACUACUCAGUAAUGGGACGUAUACUGCAGCCUUUCCACUACAUGAUUGUCAAUACUGGAAAAGGGCAAGGAAUGCUGAAUGCGAGAGUGAGCGCUACAACCUUUACAAGCACUGGGCCAGGUUUCUCUGCUUCUACAAAGAGCAGCCUCUCAACCUCAUCAGAAAGUACUAUGGGGAGAAGAUUGGGAUCUACUUUGCCUGGCUGGGCUUCUACACAGAGAUGCUGUUCUUUGCCGCCGUCAUGGGCUUUAUAUGUUUCACCUAUGGAGUGCUGAGUUAUGAUGACAACGUGUCAAGCAAAGAAAUAUGUGAUGCCAACAUUGGAGGCAACAUUGUGAUGUGUCCACUUUGUGAUAAAAAGUGCCCUUUCUGGAAGCUCAACUCUACGUGUCUCUCAUCCUGGCAAUCCCAUCUGUUUGAUAAUGAGGGAACGGUAUUCUUUGCCAUAUUUAUGGGGAUUUGGGUAACUCUGUUUUUGGAGUUCUGGAAACGGCGUCAAGCCCGGCUGGAAUACGAGUGGGACUUGGUGGACUUUGAAGAAGAACAGCAACAGCUUCAAAUCAGGCCCGAGUUUGAGAUCCGAUGCACUAACAGGAGACUCAACAAGAUUACUAAGGAGAUGGAGCCAUAUCUCCCCGUCACCAGCAAGUGUGCUCGCUUCUGCCUCUCGGCUGCCACUGUUCUAUUCUGGAUUUCUCUGAUAGUGGCCUGUAUUAUUGGGGUCAUAGCCUACAGACUGGCAGUGUAUGCCGCCUUUGCGAGUAUCAUUAAAGAUCCUUUGAGGAAUAUCCAGUUGGUGGGCAGAUUCAUCACUCCACAGCUAGCGACUUCUGUCACUGCCUCUUGCAUCAACUUUGUCAUCAUCAUGAUCCUCAACUUCUUUUACGAGAGGGUGGCCAUUUGGAUCACUGAUAUGGAAAUCCCAAAGACCCACCUCGAGUAUGAGAGCAGGUUGACCAUGAAGAUGUUCCUCUUCCAGUUUGUCAACUACUACUCGUCAUGCUUCUACGUGGCCUUCUUCAAAGGCAAAUUUGUGGGUUAUCCUGGCAAAUACUCAUAUAUGUUUGGCAAAUGGAGCGGACUGAGAAAUGAGGAGUGUGACCCUGGAGGCUGUCUGAUUGAGCUGACCACACAGCUGGUGAUUGUUAUGUCAGGAAAACAACUCUGGGGGAACAUUCAGGAAGCUCUGCUGCCGUUAAUCCGCAACUGGUGGAAUAGCAGAAAGGGACGGCACCGUCCUGAGAACCAUUACAGCCGCUGGGAGCAGGACCACGUCCUGCUGAACUUCACCCAGCUGGGAUUGUUUUAUGAGUACCUGGAGAUGGUGGUCCAGUUUGGUUUCAUCACUUUAUUUGUGGCCUCUUUCCCCUUGGCUCCGCUCCUGGCUCUGUUCAACAACAUCCUGGAGAUCAGGGUGGACGCCUGGAAGUUCACCACCCAGUACAGACGACCGGUGGCGUCCAAGGCCCGAAACAUUGGAGCGUGGCAGGAAAUCCUUAACACAGUGGCUAUUGUGUCUGUUGUUACCAACGCUUUCAUAAUGGCGUUCACCUCAGACAUGAUCCCCCGUUUGGUCUUCCUGUAUGCCUAUGGUAAAGAUGCCAGCAUGAGGGGCUACGUUAAUGACAGCCUGUCAAUUUACAACAUCUCUCAGAUACAUGAGAGCAACAUGCCCGAGGAAAAAGACAACUGGUUUAUUAACUCAACUGGCACCUGCAGAUACCGUGACUAUCGUUACCCUCCAGGCCACAUAAAGGAGUACACUCAAACAAUGCAGUUCUGGCACAUCUUGGCAGCCAAAAUGGCCUUCAUUAUCAUCAUGGAACACGUGGUCUUCAUGGUGAAGUUCUUCGUGGCGUGGAUGAUCCCAGACGUCCCGUCAGAUGUGAAGGCUCGGUUUAAACGAGAACGCUACCUGAUUCAAGAGUACCUGCAUAACUAUGAGGUGGAAAGGGUCAAACUCCAGCUGAGUGCCAGUUUUAUCACAGAGCCACAGUCAGAAAUGUCCUUGAUGACAGACAAGCAUGAAGUGUUGUCUGAGUGCCUGUAGCCACUUGCUUCACACCUCCCUACCAACCAAGGCAAGAAUGGAAUGUCUGGUUCCACAUUCAAGGGCUUCUAUCUUUGGGAUAACAAUGCUAUUAUCUUUUCUUGCUGAACGCACUCCUCUACUAGGAUCUGCGUAGAGGUAUCCCAAAAAAAAAAAUCGAAUGCAACAUUUCACUUUGCUUAAAAAAAUUGACAUCUUAAAUCUGCCAUUAAAAGAUAGUUGGAAAAUAACAGCAAAAAGAGCAAAAAGAUUGUAACGGCAGCUUGUAUCAAUCUCCAUGUAACGCCUUCAAACUCUCCAUUUGUCAUGACUGAAAACAAUAAUCUCUGUAUGGGCUGUUAAAGUUAAAGUGUGUGGUUUUACAUUGACAUUAGGUGUAAUUACCCUUUAAAGAGUUGGUUACGUCAUCAUUAAUUAAUGUGGCUCCGUGUGAUUCUUGAGAAUACACGAGGGACUCGACUGUUUAGAAAGAAGAUAUGUGUCAGGUUUAAAAUGUUUGUCUUUGAAAAAAAUCAUAUAAUUUUAUGGAUACAUAUCCUUUUUUCUGUCAUUAUUUAUUUUUGUAAUAGGUAACUACAUCACGUUUAUUUCCACUGAUCUAUAGCUGGGCUAUGAGAUUCUCAGUUUUGUGAUUUAAGUGUAUUGUGUUUAGAGAAAGACUUUUAAAAACUGUGCAUUUAAAAAAAAAAGUACUUCCAUCAUACUGUAGCCAUGCUGUAACUAUCAUAAGUAUUAUCAUUACGCCCUGACUGAGUUAGUUAUAUGGUGAGACAGCAGCUGCAGGCUCAUGCAUCUCAUCCUCCAAAAGGAUUUUCAACUAGCUGCGGGACCAAUUAUAGAAUUUCAACCAAGAAAAAAAACAAAGAAAAAUAUUGAAAGUUUCUGUUCUAAUACAAUCAGUUUGUGUGUGCAUGAGUUUAGGUUCUAUGUGUGCCGGUUUUACUCCUCUUAUUGAUAAUAAAUGGCUUAUAUUUCCAUUUUCAGAUUUUACAUUGUUGGUAUCUCCACAUAGGCAAAAACAAAGGCACCUUUAUUCAGAAAUAAACAGAAAGAGGAAGAACUGGUUGUACCCUGGUUGGGAUUUCAGUGAAAUAAUUUAUUUCAUGACUUUUAGUAACCCAAUCUUACUCUCUAUCUGGUUACUAAAUGUUGCUGUAGUAGAUAUAAAGAAUACAUCAUCUAUUUAAAUGGGUUGUAGUGCAAUGAAUUGAUUGAUCUCCUUUUGAUCUGUAGCCUGAAGCUUUUGUAUUUAGAGUUACUUCACACUACUCCUUUUAAAAAUAUCUUUUAUCAAUUUACUUGCAACACCUUAUUCCUUACUUUGUACUAUUCAUCGCCUUUGUACUAUCCAUGUACAUUUAUGCUAUACAGUAUUACUUUAUCAAGGGACCAAAUUAUAAAAAAAAUCACCUGAGAUUUUAUUUCAGUACAGAUUUGUCAUUUAUGAAAUACAGGAUCACUUUUUUAUCUUCUUAAGCUUAACUGCAUUAACUGAUUUUCUGUGAUUAUAUGGAAACCUCUGUAACUGACUUUAAAUGUUGCAGUUGUGAUUUUUAUCUUUCAGCAAAUUCUAUUUGACCGUUAAAAACAAAGCCCGACCAACUCACAUCUCAGGAUUAAACAUCUGCUCAUGUUUGUUGAGCAUCACUUGUUGAUGAAGUUUGCAGAGUCAGAUGUGUGCAGAGCUUGAUCCUGCAACAUGCUCGAUGCAUUUCCCAACAAACAAAUGCCUUAAACCUCUGUGUUUACUUGUUUUUGUAUGAUUUUGUAAUGAGAAAGUUUCAUAUCAUUUGUUGCUACUGCUGCUACAGUAGUCAUUGCAAAGCUGUCUUGUCUGUUUUGUCUGGUUUGUUGUGCAUGAAUUGCUGUAAAUACUUUGUCAGUUCUAUUUGUAUUGUAGCCAAUUGUACAUAAACGCAGUAAAGCUUGUAAUAUUCACAAUAAAUAAAUAAAUGAAUAACUA